UGUACUUCCUGUUUACUUCAGAGAAGAGUGACCUUCCGUAAUUAGCUGCUUUUGUUUAUAUAUAGGCUAUGUGGUACACCUUACUGUCGUUUUUUUAAUACGAACAUGUUACAUCUUUUGUGUUUUGUGCUGCUGUUGUUCGGCGCAGCCCCGCUUGCGGCUGCACCCACUGGAAGCAGCUACCUGCCGGACACAGGCAGGUUCUGGCACAUCACAGACCUCCACCUGGACCCCACCUACCACCUGGCCCCAGACCCCACCAAGGUUUGCUUCUCCUCCAAAGGAGUCCCCGCCACCCACGCCGGCCUAUAUGGGGACUUCCUGUGUGACUCUCCCUACCGCCUCAUCCAGUCAGCCUUCACUCACAUGGCACCGCUCACACAGCCACAGGACUUCAUCAUAUGGACCGGUGACAGUCCUCCUCACGUCCCCGCAGACGAGCUCUCUACAGACUUAGUGAUCCAGGUGAUCAGUAAUAUGACCCAGACCAUCAGACAACACUUCCCCAACCUGACAGUCUAUCCUGCCCUGGGAAACCACGACUACUGGCCUCAGGACCAGAUGCCAGCCUCCACUAACGCCAUCUAUAAAGCUGUUGCCCAGUUGUGGAAACCCUGGUUGGACACUGAAGCUCUGCUCACACUCUCACAAGGUGGUUUUUACUCCCAGCUGGUAAAGCCUGGUUUGCGGGUGCUCAGCCUGAACACUAUCCUCUACUACGGUCCUAAUAAAGUCACAAGAAACAUGACAGACCCUGCUGGACAGUUCGAGUGGCUGGAGAAAACUCUGGACAAAGCUGCACAGAGUCUGGAAAAGGUGUACAUUAUUGCCCAUGUACCAGUGGGGUACCUGCCCUUUGCCAGAAACACCACUGCUGUUGGAGAGAGCUACAACGAGAGGCUGGUCGCCAUCUUCAGGGAAUACAGUCAUGUCAUUGCGGGACAUUUCUAUGGCCACACCCACCGAGACAGCAUCAUGGUGCUGUUGGACCAACAAGGUAAACCAGUAAAUUCUCUUUUUGUGUCACCGGCUGUUACACCAAUCAAACAUGUUUUGGAGCCCUACUCUAACAACCCAGCUUUCCGCAUGUACUUGUACAAAAACAAGGACUACACCAUGUUGGAUAUCUGGCAGUACUAUUUGAAUCUGACGGAAGCCAACGAGAAACAAAGAUCUGACUGGAGGCUUGAAUACAUCAUGACUGAGGCUUUUGGACUAACUGACCUGCAGCCACAAAGCCUGCUCCAGCUGGGCCUGAGCUUCAGGUUGCCGCAGACCAAAGCCUUUGACAAGUAUUUCAGUCACUACAUGGUCAGCUAUAACAGCAGCAUCAUCUGUGAAGGACACUGUAAGGUCAGCCAGGUGUGUGCUGUGCUCUACCUGGACCAGCUGUCCUACUCCAAAUGUAUCGCAAAGGGAGAAUGGUAGCACUUGAAAGCGGAUCCAAAAUUAAGGAUUGUGAAGGGAUUUGUCUCAGAAAUGACAUCUAGUUUCUGAUUUUUUUCUAAUUUGAUGGAAUCAUGAAAAAGGGUAUGCCAUGCACUGCUUAUGCUGAUCCCUAAUAUUAAUACAACUAUUUUACAUUCCUCAGGUGACAUUGGAUUGGAGAAAAGACUUUAUGACAAGGAAAGUUAUCUGCUGUAGAUGUGGUCCGGAAUACACAUUGAAGAACUUCAAAGUAAAUUAGAUCGGUAUUUUAAUAAAUUGAGUGUUGAGUUGCAGCACUCAAAGUAUAAAAAGUCCUGUAAGGCCCCGUUCGGACAGAAAGCGUUUUGCAGGUUUCAAAAACGUGAGACCUUUUCUGGUUGAAUUCGGAAAAGAGCAGUGCGCUGCGUUUUUUUUUUUUUUCAUUGUUGCUAGGCGAGUCAGCUGUCCUGUCAGUCUAAUCAAAGAUUAUAGCGCCAGCAAUCUGUAACUUUGGUAGGGUUUUCUGCUAAGUAAUAACUGUCAUAUUAGCAGAAACUUGAUCACAAAUCACAGGUCUGUGUCUUUUGUUGCUAAAAACAUCUAGACAAACUGAUGGCGCCUGCUCUGGCGUUAUUUGAGGGUGAGAGGUGUACAAACAUGCAGGAGAUCCGUGUGGGUACAUGAGAACCUCAGAAAGAGGAGACACCGCUGGUAGUUCCACCAGCUGGUCCAGUAGCUUCAUCUUAAUGAUGGUCAGUUUAAAGCUCAUUUUAGGUUGACUCAGGGACAGUUUGUAGCAGUCUCCAGACAAUCCAAGCAACUGUAAACUUACGUCACCACAACUAUGGACCCGUCUCUCCAUUCAUUAGUUUGGACAAUGGAGAAAAAAAAGCCGUCGGGCGCUUUUCUGCUUAGAGUCAAAUUUUUCAACUCCGUGCGCUCUGAGCGUUCUUUCGAAAACUCGAGGGCGCCCAGGGCGCAUGAACAGGGUGCAGAACGCUUGCUGCCAAUAAAAUACAAUUUAAAAACAGGCAUCUCUCACUGCAAAAAACACAUUCUGUCUGAUCUGGGCCUAACUCAGGUGCCUUAUCUCCGGUGUCACAUUUAGUUUUUGAUUUUUAAUGAUUGUUUUAAAAAUAUAUAUUUUUGCUAAAUGACGGAAUAAUGAAAAAAGGGAUUGCCAUGCACUGCUUCUGCUGAUCCCUAAUAUUAAUACAACUAUUUUACAUUCCUCAGGUGACAUUUGAUUAGAGAUAAGACUUUAUGACAAGGAAAGUUAUCUACUCUAGAUGUGGGCCAGAAUAGAUUUUGAAGAACUUCAAAGUAAAUUAGUAGUUGAAUUUAGCAAAAAUAUCUAACUCGUCUCCUUCUCAGUUUUGACAGUGGUGUAGACGUUAUAAGGGAAAUCACUGAGGCGUGAUAGCUUUUAGCUGGAUUCACCUCAUAAAAAAAGAGGAAGGUGUUCCACAGAAUGUGUUAAAGCUCCUCAGUCCAUCACAUCUUUAUUCCCUGUAUCCAAACUUGCACUAAUAGAUUAAGCCUAAUCUUUGAAAUGAUCUAAUUGAGAAGGAUUUAAAGCAGAUCCUUUAGAUUUGAUUGGAUCGCUGAAACGUGUGCAAGGCUUCAUGAAUACAGCACAACACAGAACGGUAGAGGGCUGUUGAACUCCACCCACGCCUCUCACACACAUUAGAUCAGAGGGAGGAGGGGGUUCUUGGAGGAGUUUUUGUCUACUGAUACUAAUAUUUAUCUGCGAGCUACAGCACAACUGUGGUUUUAUAUGAUAUUCCACAUUUUAUAAGAAGAGAGGGAUUUUGAUCUUUGAAUACUAUAAGGAAUAACACCAUGAGAUGAACAAUUAACAUACAUGUUGGGACACAGCUUUAGAAAACAUAUUAAUUAUUUAAUUCUGCGUCACACUAGAGCUUCUGACAAAUGUUGCUCAUCAAUAUUGUAUACAAGUGUGAAAUGUGUACAGUGAAAUCACCAGAAACAUGUUUAAUAUGUGGAUGUAUAAUAGCGAUUUUCUGUUACAAAUGAAACAAUGAGACAUGUUACCAGUGCUGUUGCAUAAAAAUGAAAUAUGAAUGAUGAACAUAAUUGUGUUACAUAUCACAGAGUAUAUUGGUUCAAAUUUUUCAUUUUAUUUUUCUACUAAAUAAAGAUCUUUAAUCAAA